AUGCUGCACGACCAUCCCUCCUUCAGAGAGCGCGCCGAGCUACAACGUUAUGACGAGCAGGUGGGACUGGUGUACCAGAGAACGCUUGCGGCCAUCCUGACAUGGAAACUGAGCCUCGAAGACGUCGAAACGUGCUCCCAAAGGUUCUGGGACAUGCACAAGGACCCCGCCCUCGUCCUCGAUGUCGGCUGCGCCAAUGUCCUCGCGUGCCACUACAACCUCUUCCUCGGCACUGUUGCGCCGCUAGUCCGGCGCAGAAAAGACUUGACGCCACUCGUGGAACGGGCUCUGGCCGGCGACAUCAUCGGGAACUUCCUCCUCACAGAGGUCGGUCACGGCCUCGAUAUCCUCAACAUCGAGACGACAGCGACCAAGGUCGCAGAUGGCUUCGUGCUCAACACGCCCCACCCUGCCGCAGCCAAGUCAGUGCCGUCCGCCCGGGAUGCUCCGCGAGCUAGGUUUAUGCCACCGACGACGCCGCUGUGCCCCAAGAUCGCUGUCGUCUUCGCCCGCCUGAUAGUCGACAACGCUGACCACGGCAUCCACCCGUUCCUCGUCCACACUUCCGAUGCACACGGCAUGUGCCCCGGCAUAGUCUCGCAGCUGCUUCCGCCCCGCAGCGGCACGUCGCCCCUCGACUACGCCAUAACCUCCUUCCACCACGUCCACCUGCCCCCGUCCGCCUUCCUCGGUGCCAGUCUUGACGUGCCGCGCGACCACCACAGCCUGCUCCAGGGCUACAUAUGGCGCACCAUCGUUGGCCAGGUGUCUAUGUCCCUGGUCGCGUUGACGGGCAUGAAGAUGACGGCUUAUCUCGGCGUGCUGUACUCCUUGCGGCGGUGCGUGCGUGGGACUGGGCCGAGCGACGUUCCCAUCAUGUCCUUCCGCACCCAGCAGCUGCCCUUGCUGUACACGACCGCUAUUGCGCAUCAGUUCACGUCCGCGGACCUCGCUACGCCAAUCCGGAGAAGCCUAGCGAUCGUGUACAAGACGACGAUGUGCCGCCUCGCGACGCAGUACUACCGCGAGGUCGGCGAGCGUCUCGGAGCCCAGGGCACCUUCGGGCACAACAUCAUCAACAAGAUAGAGAUGGACAUGCGCGGAUUCAUCGUCGCCGAAGGAGACCUGACCGUACUUAGCAUCAGCCUGUAUUCGCAGCUUCUGCGGAACAAGUACGCACUGCCGUCGCCGAAACACGCAGUCAGCCUUCUGGCUCGUCACAGCGACGCUGUUUACAGCCGCUGCGCAGAUCUGCUUGGAAGUUUCACCGAGGGCCACCGUGACGAGCAAUUCAACAAUCUCGUGCUCCCUCAAUGCCAACGCGGUGUCCUUGCCCUGGGCUGCGCGUAUGCGUAUGGAUGUGCGCGUGACGCUGGCGUACCAGAGCCAAUGCUCGAGCUCUUCGAGUGCGCCGCCAUCAAGCAGGACCCCAGCUGGUACUCCGAGCAUGGUGGUCUCCCGGAGAGCGUGUUCAUGUUGAAGGAAGACCAUGCGGUGCAUUCUGCCUUGCCUCAUAUCCGCGAGUACGUGGACAGCUUCGGGGUGGAGGCAUCGAUCACGGCGCCGAUCGUGAGCAGCGAGACCUGGGAGAGCUGGGUUGAGGGCCUCCAGACCUAUGAUCGGAUACAGGAAGAGACGAAUAUAGUCCAGCGAUCGUCUUCAUAUCAGGCGCCACAGUGA